AUGUUGGUGCGGCGUUGGAUUCUGAAGGCCCUUCUCAUCGCGGUCGUCGCGCUGAGCGCGGUGGCGAGCGAGGAGGCGGCGCAGACUGACGCGACCGUGGAGAAGGGCAAGCCCAUCUCCUUCCAGGCCGAGGUGAGCAAGAUGCUGGACAUUCUCAUCAACUCCCUCUACACGAACCGUGCCGUCUUUCUGCGCGAGCUGAUCUCCAACGGCAGCGACGCCCUCGACAAGAUUCGCAUGCUCUACCUCACCGCGCCGAAGGAGCCGAAGAACAAGGACGGCGAGGUGCCCGCCCUGGAGAUGCGGGUGACGGUCGACGCCGAGCGCAAGACGCUCACCCUGCGGGACGGCGGCAUCGGCAUGACGAGGGAGGAGCUGGAGGAGCACCUCGGCUCCCUCGGCACCUCCGGCACGAAGCGGUUCCUGGAGCGGCUCAAGGAGACGAAGGACGCGAGCCUCAUUGGCCAGUUCGGGGUGGGCUUCUACUCCGCCUUCCUCGUGGCCGAGCGCGUGCGGGUGGCCUCGAAGAGCGACGACAACGACACGCAGUGGGUCUGGGAGUCGGCCGGCGACGGCCAGUACUUCCUCUACGAGGACGAGCGCGGCAAUACGCUCGGUCGCGGGACGGAGGUCACGCUCGAGAUGAAGCCGGACGCGCUAGAGUUUCUCAACAUAGAUGGUGUGCGGAAAAUUGUGCACCAGUACAGCGAGUUUGUGCACUUCCCCAUUUACAUGCAGAAGGGGGAUAAGUGGGAGGUGGUGAACGAGAACAAGCCCAUCUGGACCCGCAAGCCCGCGGAGGUGGCGGCGGACGAGUACCACAAGUUCUACAAGGCCCUCACCCACGACUACCGCGACCCGAUGUACUACUCCCACUUUGUGGUGGAGGGGGAGGUGGAGUUCAGCUCCGUGCUGUUUAUCCCACAAGAGGCCUCGCAGGACAUCUUCGUCAACAACGAGAACACCCGCGACAACAUCAAGUUGUACGUGCGCCGCAUAUUCAUCACGGACGAGUUCCGGGAGCUCCUCCCGCGGUACCUGAACUUCGUGCGGGGCGUCGUCGACAGCAACGACCUUCCGCUCAACGUCUCGCGCGAGGUGCUGCAGGAGAGUCGGAUUCUUCGCGUCAUCAAGAAGAAGCUUGUGCGCAAGGCUCUCUCCAUGAUUGCUGAGAUUGCGGAAAACGACUCCCGACUCAAGGAGCGCCUGGCGAAGGAAAAGGCGGAGCAGAAGGCCACGGACGCAAAGGACGGCGACGGCGACGGCAAGGCCAAGGAGGAGCCUAUGUAUCCAAAGUUCUGGGCUCAGUUUGGCAAACACAUUCGGCUUGGCAUCCUCGAGGACGCGAACAACCGCGGUCGCCUGGCGAAGCUACUGCGGUACACGUCUAGCAAGAGCAACGGGACCCUCGUCAGCCUGCAGGACUACACAGACCGCAUGAAGCCGGGACAGAAGAGCAUCUACUUCCUCACCGGUGAAUCGGUGAGCAAGAUGAAGCAGACCCCGCACAUUGAGGAGGCCCUGCAGCGCGACGUGGAGGUUCUCUUCAUGACGGACGCCAUUGACGAGUACGUCGUGUCGCAGAUACAGGACUUUGCGAACAAGCGGCUGGUCAACCUCGCCAAAGACUCCGUGCAGUUCGAGGAGCAGACAGAGAAGGAGAAGGCCAUUGAAAAGAAGCGCAUUGAGAAGUAUCAACCCCUCACGGAGCGCCUUGCGAACCUGUUCAAGAAGAACGAUGUGCGGAAGGUUAUUCUGACGAAGCGGCAGAGCUCGGAGGCCUUCAUCUUGUCCACGCAGGAGAACGACCUGACGCCGCGCAUGGUGAACGUCAUGAACCAGCAGGCGAUCUCCUCCACCCAGACGAUGCGCUACUCCCGCGUGCUCGAGAUUAACCACCGCCACCCACUCGUGCUGGACCUGCUGACACGGUUUAAGGCAGACCCAAAGGACCAGACCGCCAUCGACGUGGCGUGGGUGCUCUUUGGCACGGCCAACCUACAGGGAGGCUUCCCCGUCUCGAACCAGGCCAUGUACGCCAAGCGCGUGAGCCGGCUGCUGCGGGGACGCGUGGGACUCGCCGCGGACGACACGAUGCUGCCCCCAGACGACAACGAGUACGACGUCUCGGACGUCGAGCCCGACACCGCCGGCACCGACGAAGGACUGCUGCUUCCGGUGGACAAGGAAGAGGGGGAGGCAACGGCGGCGGCCGCAGAGGAGCCAACAGCGGCGGAGGCUGCAGAGGAGCCAACAGCGGCGGCGGCUGCAGAGGAGCCAACAGCGGCGGCGGCUGCAGAGGAGCCAACAGCGGCGGCGGCUGCAGAGGAGCCAAAAGCAGCGGCGGCCGAGUCGAAGCCAGCAGCAAAGGACGAUGGCGCGGACGACCUGUAA